UAAUGGCGAUAUUUCCGACAUUAGUCGAGGGCAGGGAAGUGUCGCUGCACUUCCUAUGGCCAUAUUUGGGUGAGCAUCGGUGGAGCGUGAGCCCAGGAAAGCAUUUCGAAGGACCAAAAUGAGCUUUUGUCUGCCGUCUAUCACCAGAAAAAUAUCCAAACGUUGUUUUCACCUAAGUUGACUGCGUCACGCUCGCAGAGGAAGCGGCGUCCUGCAGCAGAGAGACAGCUUUGAUUCACGGGAACUCUGACACGCGCAGCAGCAAAAACAUUUCACACUGGAAAACUGUCAGCAGACACAGUGAAAGAUCAUGACAACGCUGCUGGACCUGAAGAGUAGUGUGCUGAGGCAGGUGCAGAGGAGCCAGUCGCUGAGGAGCCGAAGGGAGCCACCGCCAACCGCCAGCAGCCCCCUCACACACUGUCCUGACCCCUUACCUCGCAGGAUUUCCGAGGAGAGUGUGGAGUUCUUUGAGCGUGUAAAUGCCAUCCUUCAGAAACAGGAGAACAUGCUGCGGGCUGCCCAGGCUGAGUGUCAAAGAGGGGACUGCACGGUGCCGCCACCUCAAGAGCAUGUGGACCAGUCCUUUAUACCCGACAGAAUCAGCAGGACAGAGCUGGACCUGCUUUAUGAGGAAGCUGUGUACACGGUGGUCAACCGGGUGGGAGUGCCUUCACCAGAACAUAUGAAAAGUGACGAAGAGCUAUUUGCUUACCUGCUAAAGGUGUUUGAUAUGGGCGAAGAGGAACAUGACAUUAUUCUCCAAAAAGUUCAAGAAUCCAAGCGAGCCAGUUUUUCUUUGAGAGUUUCUGUUAUGAAGGCAAAGAAUCUGAUGGCCAAGGAUGCAAAUGGGUACAGCGACCCCUACUGCAUGCUGGGAAUCCUGGUGGGCCAGAGCCCGCGGGAGAUGGAGGAGAAGAAGGAGAGAAAGUUCAGCUUCAGGAAGAGAAAGGAGAAGCUGGAGAAACGUUCCAGCACCAAGGAGGUGUUACCUGCGAAGUGUAUCCAGGUGACUGAGGUCAAACCAGAGACUCUCAACCCAGUGUGGGACGAGCACUUUGUGUUUGAAAUAGAUGAUGUUCACAAUGACCUCUUACAUCUCGACAUAUGGGAUCACGAUGAUGACGUGUCUGUUGCUGAAGCCUGCAAAAAGCUCAAUGAAGUCAGUGGACUUCGCGGAAUGGGCAGAUAUUUUAAGCAGAUAGCAAAGUCAGUGCGUUCCAAUGGAUCUGCAUCAUCAGGUUCCGAGGAGAACGCUGAUGACUUCCUCGGAUGCAUCAACAUCCCCUUGAAUGAGAUCCCAGUUGUUGGCUAUGACACCUGGUUUAAGCUGGAGCCUCGAUCGAGUACUUCUAAAGUUCAGGGAGAAUGUCACCUGAUAUUGAAACUCUUCACCAGCCAGAGAGACACAGCUCUAUCUAAGAAAGACUCAAAUGUCUCUAUUCACAAGAAACUGCUGAGUCAGAUUGUGGAAUACGAGCACACUCACGUUAAGAGAGAGCCCUACAAUUGGAACGGGCAAGUUUGUCCUCCAGCAUGGACUGUACUGGCUCACCAUGCUGUGCAAACUGAUCUCUCGCCUCUCCAACAGGCCAUUAUUCGCUGGCAGUGCUACAGCAGCCACCAUAGGACCCAGAGGGUGUGCUACUCCCUGCUGCUACGCCUCCUGAGGACCAUCGAUGCAGAGUGGGACCCUGCCGCUGUGAGGGGCGACCUGGAGAGGCAGCUGUCAGACAGCUUCAGGCUGUACACAGAGCACUGCCUGUGUCUGAUGAAGAACAUGCGUCAGGUUUUCCCCUGCACCAGCGCUGCUGCCAUUACACGCUACGAGCUCAUGUUGAGGGGGAUUGGCCACAUGCAAAACAUGCAGGCAUUUAAGACUGUAUGUCCCCUUCGAAAUGAACUGCAGUUGGACAUCACUACUGCUGUCAAGAAAGGAAGUGCGGAGUGGUACGAGAGCUUAAUUGCACGAUAUAAACCAGAGGAGGGGACUCUGGAGGAGCAGCUAAAGAAGCUGGUUCAGGUGGUUGAUAGUGUGUGUGCAGACGUGCAGAGAGCCCAGAACAUCUACAACAAACUCUUCUACAGUGCAGUGAAAGUAGAUUUCCUCAGCAUAUCAUACCGGCAGUUGGAGAAACAGGUAGCUGAUGAUGUAAAUGUAGCGAUGGAGCGGGUUUGUGGGACUUUGGAGCAGGAGAGCUCCAGACUGACUCAGACAAUGGGAGAGACCAUCUUUGAGCUCUUCAUGUCAUUGAAAACCCUCAAAGGCUUCCGGGAGUUUCUUCCGCUCAAGGAUGCCAAAAUGUUGGCCUUGACAGGCUUUCAUAACUGGUUCAAGUCCUCGAUUCAUAAGUGGCUGCAGAUUGUUCAUGACAGAUCCUGUGACAGAAUUCGUAAGGCUGUGGAAACAGACAAGCUCGAGCCUGUGCAGCAUGCCAAACACAGUUCUUCAGCAGUGGAAGUGACAACGUGCUUCGGCCAGGUACGUGAGAUCUGGCUCCAGCUGGCCUGGCCAGACUCUGCGGGGGCCUUCAUCUUCAUCACUCGUUUGACAGAUAAUUUCUGCAGUGAGGCUGUGUGCUACUCAGAGAUGAUCACACGCAAGAUUGAGAGGAACCAGCAGGGCCAAGACCACAAGAGCUUCACAGUGCAGAUCUGCAUUGCCCUGAACAACACAGAGCAUGUGCGUGUUUUCCUGGGUCACCUGCCCCGUGACCUGGACUGGCAAGGUGUGGAGCGGGCAAUGGAGGAGUCCUGUGGGGUGGAGGGGAAGGAGCAGGUUUACAAGGCUCUCAAUGGGCAGCUGUUCAAUAUGGACCUGGACCUACAAAGAGAAGCCAAACGUCUCAUUACACUGCUCACUGACAAGAUGCUGCCUGAGCUGCGGAGGUACAUCCAACACAUCAGCCUGUCUCCAGACUCCAUCAACAAUGAUGAGGCUGUGGCCCCUCUUAUGAAGUACUUACAAGACACAAUGGUCAUCCUCACUCAAAACCUUGUAAAGGAGAAUCUGACUAGAGUUCUUCAAAGCAUGUGGGAGCUGCUCCUGCGAAUGAUCCUGGAUGCGGUUGCAGAAAACAGGGGCGUUCAGGUGGAGUUCUACAACCGUUUCCAGUACACAGUGGAGACCUUGUUGCAGUUCCUCCAUGCUAAGGGGGAGGGUCUUUCCCUGGAAGACAUGAAGAGUGGAGACUAUAAGGUCCUGGAUGAGGAGCUCAGGCUGAAUAAAUGCUCUUCCUUUGAACUGAUUGAACAGUACUAUCUGGAGAAGAUUUCCCAACAGAAAACACUCAAACAUACCCGUUACGGUCGGAUCAGUGUGAAGUGCUACUAUGACGCUCCAGAGCAGAGACUGACCGUAGAGAUUCUGCACGCUGCAGAUAUCAUUGCACUGGAUGCCAAUGGUCUGAGUGACCCAUUUGUCAUAGUGGAGCUCUGUCCUCACCACCUGUUCCCUAUGGCCAAGAGUCAACGCACGCAAGUGAAACUUAAGACACUGCACCCAGUAUUCGACGAACUCUUUUAUUUCCACGUCAGUCCUGAACAGUACAGACACAGGUUUGCCUGUUUGACCUUCACUGUGAUGGACUAUGACUGGCUUUCCACUAACGACUUUGCCGGUGAAGCUGUGGCUCCUCUCAGCGACUUCUGCUGGCCAGGGAGACCAAAUGCCUCACCAGCUGGCAAGAGUGUCCAGCCUGUCAUUCUCCACCUGUCUCGCAGUAAACCCAGUGAGAAACCAAUCAUGAGGAUGCUGGACGCUCGCAUCGGAGACAGGGAGGCUCAGGAGUUUGUCCGCAGGCUGAAGGAGAUUGAGAAGUCAAUGGAGGAAGAGUAAAAGUUGUCAGCGCUGCUGUAUUGGUGUUUUCUGACCACGUCUUGCAACAUGUGCUUUUGUACUGGUACGAUGUUUACAAUAUUUGAAUUUUUUCCAAUGUUAUUGUUUGUUCAGUAAUUAUACCAAAAUGAAAAGAAAAAAAGAAACAGUGAAGCUUAUCGCUGUUUUCUAACUGAGAGAUGAACAUCCUGUCACUGUGCAACCCUAUGCUGUCUCAGUUAAACUAUAUUUUAGAAUUUAAUGGAUAGUUGAUCCUAAAUGUUACUAGUCUAUAUUUUUUGUAAUUAAGUAAUUGUUAUCUUUGUUGUAUGAUCUUUGAUAUGAUAGAUUUAACAUUUCAGAACUAUUUUGUGGAAGUAGCUUACAUAUCCAAUAGUAUUCAGUCAAAGUCUAAAUCUAUACCUCAGAUAUUCUCAUUAGUUGCAGGGGAGUUUCAUAGAGACUUUUCACAUUCUCCAUGGACAGUGUGGAGAUAAAGUGCAUGAAAGCCUAUUUAGGAUGUGAAAGCUUGAACCAACACUGAUUUCCCUGAUCAUACAGUGGCGUACUAACAAACACUUAUGUAUAAAAAUACCUAUGUCAUGAAGGAAAUCAUGAAGACAUAGCUUUGGGGAAGUGCACUUUCUGAGACUUGAUGUUUUAAGGCCAGUCAGACAGAUCAGCAGCAGGGACAGGGCAACAGCCUAACACUCCCCUGAGGCUAACGCCACAGCUCCGGUUCAUCCGACUUUUCAGAUUGCUCUUCACAAAGCUCAUGAUGGGUCGUUGACAAGGCCAAACACCUUGCGCUGGGAGGACCAAUUCUUUUAACUCAGUUCCUUCUUGCUGUCUGACACCAGUAAGUCAACAUCUCUGAGGAAAUGUGUAAAUAUGUGACAGUUUUGCUGGCAACGGUGCACUAAUUUAAAGUUGUGUGAACUCAGCACAGUGACAGUGACAGAAACAAACUCAUCUGUCAUAUGUAAAAGAAGAAAUUGUUAAUUUAGAGAACUGAUGAGAAAAAACUGACAUGUGUACUGCUUUAAUCAAUCUGAAUCAGUGUUGGUAAUUUUAAAAUGAAUGAGCUACUAAUAUAUAUGUUUACAACUGAAGCUCUUGGCUGGGCACAGUGACUUCCUGGAGUCUCUGCUGGUUUUCUGGCUACCUCAUGGUAAUGACAAGCAAUUGUUAUCGGAUUAUCAUAAUAAAAUAUUCAGUGCAGACAUAUACUUUUAUGUACUUAAUGUAAUAAUACUUUAAACUAGAUUUUGCCAACCUGUGUAGCACCAGCAGGUGACAUUUUGGGAGGUAGCCCCCCACAGAAGGCAUUCAUUUUUCUGUAAGAAAUCUCUGCAAAAAGCUCAAGUGCAUUUCCUAGCACUGAAGUCAUUACCAACAAGAUUAUUUGUUGGUAAUGACUUUUAAACUUCACUUAAAUUACUAUUUCAAGUUUCACUUAUUUAUAUUGUGUAAAUAAGAACAGUUCAACCAAACAAGUUGAACUAAUUUCAUAUUCUUCAUUCAGUUCAAAUUGAUGCUUAAUUUGUGAAAUGAUUUAUCAUUUCAAAAGCUAUAUUCAAUACCAUUCAUACUGGCAUGGUUAUGUGGAUGCACCAGGAGACCCUGAUGCCUGAUAAUUGAAAGGUAGAGAAUACACCCUGAGGUCCCCAAAGAUAACACAGUGUGUGCCACAGUGGGUGGCCUCAUGUCCAGAUGGCAGAGCUUCAAAAAAAACGUAUUAGGAGAAACCCAGCUAAUUGCAGUUAAUGAGCUAAUGUAGCAUUCAGAGGUUCUUGAAACAGCCAUUAAACAUGGCAAAUGCCUUUGUUAUACUGACUUUAAAUCAAUACAGGGUCAUCACAUGCCUUUUAUUAGGACUAAAAUUUGAACUUGUGUCUGAGUGUGGGGCUUAAUCUCUUGAGGUAAAGAGAAAAGAAAUUUUGAACCUGUGCGGUGGCAUAAUUAUACUUAGGGGAUAGACAAGACCAGCAGCUCUCUUUGGUCUUACGGGCAUAACUCAACACCAUCUCUUGCCAGCACCCCAAAGCUAUGUGUCUUGACUAAAAGGUUAGGAUCUUAACACUUUGAAGAGAAAAAUAAGGCUCAGAUUAAAACCUGGAACCAACUAUCAUCUUGUGGAGAAUAUAAAAUUAUUAUGCAAUUGAAACAUUACAAAAAAAAAAAAAGAAGCACAAAUUCUGGUGACAGCUUAAUGAUGGAGUAGCCUAGAUUUUACUCUAGUAGCGGUAACUUAGCAAGCUAAUAUUAUCGUAGCAAAUUUAGAGGCGCAGUUUCCUGGACAGACAGAGUUUGAAUUAAACCGAGAUUAUGUUUAAAUUUGAAAAAGUUCUGGACUAACCAUCUUAAUUUCAGUCAGCUGUUCUCUGGUGAGAGCGCACUCUCACUAAAGAGAUUAAUAUCAAUCACCUGUAUGGUCCUCGUUAGAACUGGAAUGAAGGUGCUGAACUGCUCACAAAGAUCCCAUAAUAUAGUGGAAUCUAAAUCAUAAAAACAGACAAAGCAAUGAAAGCACUGAAACUUUCAAACUGGAGUUUUAAUUAAAGCCCAAACCCCCGACUGCUUAAAAAGAAGGACUAUUCAGAACCAUUUCUGAAAAACCUAUUUUGAGUUAAUAUGGUUGAAAAGGCCACUCUAGUUUAUUUAAGGCAUAAUUUAGGCUUUAUUCCUGUCUAGGAAACUUGCCCUUACUCUCACAAAUGUAGCUUAAAGUUUACAAUGAGUAAAUAUUUAAUAAGACAAGCAAGUCAUGCUCCUACUCAAAAACACCCAACAUCAAAAAAAUUAUGCCUAUUAAAAAAAUAUACUCAAAAAAUAUACUCAAAUCAGGCUUUUAGGAGUUCAUAAUGAAUGUUGCCAGUUAAAAUGUGGCACUUUUAUUGUAGAGAGACACCCUAAAGACAAGUCAACAGGAAUACAAAAUCGUAACAUGUUUAGUACAGAAACACUGAAAAACACUGUAGCAAGUAGGCUACCGAGAACUUAGCACCAAAAUGUUCACACCGACAGCAUUUUGAUAGUGAUGUAACUUAACAGUAGCUGCUUGUGUAGUGCUUUGUCGUUACCCUGUGGAGUUGUGAGGAUGAAGCACACAAAACCUAUAUCUAUGCCUGGAGAGUGUGCUGCAUUACAGGGAUUGUUCAGGUGUUCAUGAAGACUGCCUUAGUUAAUGGGAGCAAGGAAUGCUUUUGGUCUAUCUGAACAGCACUUGCCUUUUAUGUUUUAUUUUGUUUUUUAAGAUAUUGCAGGCAGAAUUUGUCUUUGUGUGCAUUGUUACUGAACUCUUUCUUCGUUAGUAUAUUAAUAUCACCUGCCAUUGUUUAUGUUUACAACAUACUGUAGGUUAUCAUAAACAAAGACAGAUGGACUUCAUAUAAAUAGUUAAUGUCUAUUGACUAAAAUAUUCUUAAUUUUCAGUGUGGCAGUUAUAUUUUAUCUAUAUGACUUUUAAAACCAGCUAUUCUGGUCAGAUGUUUACACCAAAAAUCAACCUCACCAAUAGAUAGUCAAAUAAAGCUAAUAUCUAAUAAAAUGUAUAAGUCACAAUAAAACUUUCACACCCGAGGUAGGUGUUCCUGGCACGUCCAGCUGGGAGGAGACCACGGGGCAGACCGAGGACCAGGUGGAGAGAUUAUAUCUCAACACUGGCCUGGGAGCGCCUCGGGAUCCCCCAGUCAGAGUUGGUCGAUGUGGCCAGGGAAAGGGAGGUUUGGGGUCCUCUGCUGGACUUGCUUCCCCCGCGACCUGAUCCCGGAUAAGUGGAUCCAGAUGAGAGUGAGAGAGAGAGAUAAAACUUCACGUAAUUCACAUAUUUUUAACAGUAAUAUUAUUAAAAAUUAAAUUUCCAUCAGUUCCAUCUAUUUCCAUGUUUUUUGUGAGAAAAGUACAGUGUCUUUCCCAUUAAAUACAAUUGUUUAUGUUCAGUCACAGUAUUGUAGAUGUCCUUAUGUUGCACAGGCUGGCAAUCUGGUCAGUAUUAACUGAGUAAAUUGAUUUAUUCUGGUGAUGUUCAAAUUCAAAGAAAGUAUUUUAGUCUUCAAAUGUUCAGUGAAGUCAAUAGUAUUAUUAUUGUAUUAAUUUCCUACAAAGUACAUUUAAUAAAAGACUAUUUUUUUUGGUCAUAAUGAAAAAAAAAGGAUAUGUUUAAAGGUCUUAGUAUCCAGUUUGGAAAACAUGGAAAAGGAUAUCGGACUGUGAAUCAACAGAAUAUCGUCACAAUUUAAUGACCACCAGUGCUGACAUAUUUUAUUUAAGGUACUAAUAUAAAAAUAUUGUUGAAUUAAGUAUUUGGUUUGUUGUCUGUCGUCCAAAUUUAAAGGCAACAGGUAGUGAAAUGUAUCUUCAAGAGGCAAAACACCUUUGUUAUUGUAAAAGUGAAUUAUUUGUCCUUCAAUUGUAAAUGCCUGUGUUGCUGUUUAUUGGAUUAUACCUUAAGGAUGAUGUCUAUGACCUUGAAUAAAAAUUGUAUUUAAAUUUAAA